CCGAUCAUGAGCCCCUGUUGGCUCUGAAGAAAUCGAAGGAUUACUCGGGCAUGAUCGGGCGAUGGGCAACGGUGUUGAAGAGCAUGAACUUUGACAUUCGUCAUCGGAAGCACGAGAGACACGGGAAUGCGGACGGACUGUCACGACUGCACCGGCCUGAGAAAGUUCCGAAGAGUGAGGAGGUGAUUCCGUGGAACGAACCCGAACAGGAGAUCGGACCUCGGUACGGACAACCGGGGCGCCGCCAGUUGAUUGCGCAGGAGCUCAUCGCGCUGAUCGUGCAAUUAGCGUACGAUCUCUUGCCCGACAUCUAUUCGCAGAGUGACGACAGUCCAGCUCCGCACGUUCUCGAGCAGUCAUUGGAUCCGUACCUUCAGUUUACUGCGUGCUUGGAGGAGCCCAGGGACGAAGAUACGCUGUCGUCGCGGCAGGAAUAUCUGAAGCCGUACGAUAUCAUCCCUCACGCCUUCUAUCCGAGGGCGGAGGAAGUAACGAUCGACGACGACGACGACGAAGAGGAUGAAGAUGAGGAAACUUCAGAGGAGGGAAGCUAUAGCGAAUAUAGUGAGGGAGAGCUGAGUGAAGAAGAAGAGGAGGGAGAAGAAACCGGAUCUGAGUGGGAAGCCUUGGCGAAGGAAGCGACGCGCACGGGAACGCAGGCGGAAGAUCCGGAAAUAGCGCGAAAGCGCGAAGAAAUUGCCACUGGGAAGCACCAACUGGAGUUUGCCAGCGGAGCCGGCCUGCGCAUUGGUAACGAUCCGACCAGAGAUCCGGAGCUGCCAAAGCCCGAAGAUGGCGACCUUGCAGCCUCCACCUCAAGUGCCACGCGACGAAGACGGAGCCGAUCCCCCUCCUCCUCCAGCCCCACCCGUACCCCAGUUCGCCCACGUACCGAUGAGGGCGAUAGGCCUUCGUCCUCGGACGCUAUUCCGCCGACCCCUUGAUUUUCUCACCCUCGAACAGAUCCGCACCCCAGUCACCU